UCCAACCCAUAAAUUAAUGAGUAGCAACGGUAAAGAGUAAAGAAAAAAAGCCCUAGGUGCUUUAAAGCCUCUAACCAAAGUGUCAUUGAUUGCUGCUUUCCCCGCAACUGAACUGAAGCUCUUUCAAUCAUCUUCCCCUUUUUAUUUGGUUUCUUGAAGCUAAACAAAUCUCCUGGCUGGUGUCUGCUCAAACACUCAGAGUGGGAAGUAAAAGGAUGUUGUCAGAUGGUUCAGAAUCCUUAUUAAGGUUAGCGGAGAUGGAAGGAAGGGGAAGGGCUCUUGUGGCCUCGCAACCUUUGAGGGCAGGACAAAUUGUUCUCAAGGAUUCUCCCAUCCUUGUCUACUCUUCUCUUCCUCUGAUUAAACCUGGAUCUUCUGCCUCUGCCUCCUAUUGUGACAAUUGCUUUAGAACGCUCUUGCCAUCAGCAAAUGUAAUGCCGUGUCCAUCGUGUUCUCAUCAUCAUCUCUUUUGCAGUCCUAAUUGCCUAACCAUGGCAACAGCUGCUUCUCAUUCUCCUUGGGUUUGCCAGGCUCUCAGUCGCCUUUGUGACUCCCCUCUUAUUUCUCAACCUCUUGAACGCCAAGUACAAGCCCGUUUCCUUAUUGCUGCCUAUAAUCUUGUGCUUAUUUCCCCCUCCUGUUUCCAGGUUUUGCUUUCUCUUCAAGGCCAGGGUUCUCCUUCUGAUGCUUCUGCUGUCCAAUUCUUGCAUUUUAUUGUUUCAUCCCUCUGCCCUCCUCCUUCAUUAUCUCUCUCCAUCGAACUCACCGCAGCUCUGUUGGCCAAAGAUAAGCUCAACGCCUUUGGCUUGAUGGAACCCAUCUCUCUACAACAAGAUGGUCGGAGGUCUGUUCGUGCUUACGGCAUCUAUCCCAAGGCGUCUUUCUUCAACCAUGAUUGUCUUCCUAAUGCCUGCAGAUUUGAUUACCUUGAUGCGGCUCCUGACCAGAAUACUGACAUCAUUGUUAGGAUGAUUCAUGAUGUACCCCAAGGUAGGGAGAUUUGCUUGAGUUAUUUCCCUGUCAAUCUUAACUUCUCCACCAGACAGAAGAGAUUGGCUGAGGACUAUGGUUUUAACUGUGAUUGUGACCGAUGCAAGGUGGAGGCCAAUUGGUCGGAUAAUGAAGCCGAUUUUAUUGAUGAUAAUGGGAAUGUGGAGGCGGAGGAGGAGGAGGAGUUCAUGGAUGAGGACAGCGAUGAACAAAUGAUAGCCUCUGACUCAGAACAUGGGGUUGAAGCAGGCAACACUAAUUUUCCUCAUGCCUAUUUCUUUUUUAGAUACAUGUGUAGUCGUGAAAACUGUUGGGGCACACUUGCCCCGUUGCCCCCAUCUGAUGGUGCUCCUUCUAAAGUAUUGGAAUGUAAUGUCUGUGGCAACCUCAAGAAUGAUGAAUAUGUUCGUUGACUUGGGACAAUGUACUUUUUCCAUGGAAGACUGCUUUAAGUGCAACAAUGUCAACUUUCCCCCAUAGGAGACUCUGAUCUGUUUAUGUUUAUAUGUGCUUGUUUUCACCAGGGCUUCACAUUUUUGUUCUCUUAAUCUCUAAUUGUCAUUAUUCAAUAUCUGCUUGCAUUGUUUCAUUACUGGACUAGUUAUAACCAUCCUAAAGAAAUGUCUAACGAGCAAGUUAGAUGUGCACGCAACCCUUCUUCACCUGCCGGGGAAGCAGAUUUUACCAACAAAGGUAUUGGUGGUGGUCAAAUCAGUGAUGGCCAAUCUCAAACUGACACAGAAGCUCAAACCGUUAAGGGGAGGCAAACAACACCAGCCAAAAAACUGGUUUUGGGCUCAAAUCACAAUUGGCUAAUCGGUCAAGUUCAAAUCCACCAUGCAUGCAUGCAAGGGAACAAUAGCGAUGUCAAUAAUCUCUGCCUAAAUAAAUAAAUAAGCAUCCUUAGAUGUUGGGGUGGGGUGUUGUUCAUUAUGCUCGAAGUCGUUUUGGGUGUAGUUUAUUGUGUUUGUAGCCAUGUAUGGUUUGCUACAUGUAAGUAUCAAAGCCUAUAUUUACGUUUACAACUCUUUUGAGUGUUAAGGUAAUUCACAUACUUUUCACGC